GAUCUGAAGAUGUAGCAAUUACUAAUCCUUUGAGAAUUUCUUCCCAACCACAGUCAAGAAUUCGAUACAAAGCUCUUAUGAAAGAGCAACAGAUUCGAAUAAAUACUUCCUAUCCCUUAACACUAGCUGUUUCCAUAUCUUCUUUGAUACAUCGAUAUCAAUCACAGCUUUUAAAGGCUUUUGGCCAUUAA